AUGCACUGGCUGGCGUCAUUGAUCGUGAACUCCAACAACGAACUUCAAGGCGACGAGAUGCCUGUAAAACGCGCAUCCAAGCUUGCGAAAGAGAAUGGCUUGACUGCGGACCAAGAAGCGGAGAUACGAGAGGCUUUUGCGCUUUUUGCAGUGCAUCAUCCAGAUCAUGGGGAUUCAAAGGAGGGCGUGUUGCGCAAGGACGAUUCUGAGAUACCGUCGAUUCUCGCGACCAUAGAUCCGCUGGAAACUGGCUUCGUGGAGUUUGUCCCGUUCUUCUCGUACGCCGCGAUUGCAAUGCACAACAAAGAAGAAGGUGACGAUGAAGAAGACUACGAUGACGAGUAUCAAGCGGAAAGUAACGCAGAGGAAGUCAGUGCGGCAUACAGACUAUUCACUCAUGGCGGCGCUGGCCCUAUAACCAUCGCGCACCUACGGCGGGUAGCAAAAGAGCUCAGAGAGGAUGUACCUGACGACGUUUUGAAGGAUAUGAUCCUCGAGGCCAACGGUGGUGUCAAGAGCAAAGGGAUGGAGACUGGAGGCGUAAGCCUUGAGGACUUUGAAAGCGUGAUGAAAAGGGCUGGGCUGUCUUUUGGGUGAAGUCGAAUGUGUUUGGAGAAACAGCACGAAACAGUAACGCGGAAACAUCGACGACGGCAAACUCCUCACCGCACAUACCAGAGUUAUAGAACACUGGACAGCAGGACAGCAGUGCAGCCGAUUCACGGGCGAGGAGCGCAAUUUGGGGUG